AUGGGAGUAGGCAGUUGGUUACCAUUCAAUCAAGGAAUGAAGUCAAAGAGAACCAUAUUAGCACGGAGCACCGAGCACUAUGAUAACAAGGAAUCGUCUCUCAAAAAAAGGAAAUAUGAUGAUAGUUAUAUUCAGUUUGGUUUUACAAGCUCUGGAGACCCUGAUUCUCCGUUGCCACAGUGUGUCGUUUGUGUAGAAACGCUGUCAAAUCAUUCGCUAAAGCCGUCUUUACUACGUCGACAUUUAGAAACCAAACAUGCUAAUUUGAAAGACCAGUCUGUAUCCUUCUUUCAACAUAAAUUGAAAGAUCUCAAACAAAGACAAAAAUCUAUUGAGGCGCUCUCCCAAAACACGAAUGACAACGCUCUGCAAGCCUCUUUUAGAGUGAGUUAUUUAAUAGCUAAGCAAGCGAAACCUCACACCAUUGGGGAGAACCUUAUAUUGCCUGCAGCAAAAGAGAUAGUGAAAUGUAUGUUUGGAGAAAAAAUGGCACGAGAACUUGAUGUUAUUCCUAUGUCAAAUAACACUGUCUCUCGUCGUAUUGCAAACAUGUCAGAGAAUCUGAAAACCCACCAAAUCAAACGGAUUUUAGAAAGCGAAUACUUUGCCAUACAACUUGAUGAGUCCACAGACAUAACAAACUUGGCUCAACUUUUAACGUACGUUCGUUAUGUUCAUUCCAAAAAGUUUCAUGAAGAAUUCCUGUUUUGUAGUACCCUUUCGAUUCGCACCACCGGGGAGGAUAUAUUUCAUAUGGUCGACAGUUUUGUAAAAGAAAACCAAUUGGAUUGGUCAAAAUGUGUGGGAAUAUGUACUGAUGGUGCCAGAGCAAUGACCGGUCGUUUUUCAGGACUUGUAAAGCGGAUACAAGAUAUAGUCCCAGAAGCAAAAUGGACCCAUUGUGGAAUUCAUCGAGAGGCACUGGCUUGUAAAAAAAUUCCAGCCAGCUUAGAUAUUACUCUCAAAAUGCUGUAA